AAGGAUGUUAAGACUAGCAUGGCGUCGCUCGACGUCCAGAAAUAGACGCCCUGAGCCCGCACGCCUGCUAGCUGCAGCUCUCUGCGCUGCGGACACGCCACAGCAGCGCCCCAGGAGCGGCGUGAGGUGUUUGACAACAACCCCCCUCCCACCGAGCGGCCGGUCGGCGCUUCCGCGCUCCCCGCCGACCUGCUACGUCAGUCCAUCUGUUUUUGUGAGCAUGGCUUCGGGGACCGAAGGCUCAUCAUCCACCGCUCACAGACACACUAACAGGUUGGCCAAGGAGAAGUCACCCUACCUGCUGCAACAUGCUCACAAUCCUGUGGACUGGUAUCCAUGGGGACAAGAUGCAUUUGACAAAGCAAAGAACGAGGACAAACCCAUCUUUUUAUCGGUGGGGUACUCAACAUGUCACUGGUGUCAUGUGAUGGAGAGGGAAUCUUUCGAGGAUGAGGACAUUGGCAUAUUCCUUAGCGAGAACUUUGUCUGCGUUAAAGUGGACAGGGAAGAGAGACCUGAUGUGGACAAGGUCUACAUGACUUUUGUUCAGGCAACAAGUGGAGGUGGAGGCUGGCCCAUGAGCGUGUGGUUGACCCCUGACCUUAAACCUUUUAUAGGGGGCACCUACUUUCCUCCAAGAGAUCAAAGAGGAAGACCUGGGCUCAAGACAGUCCUUACCAGAAUAUUAGAUCAGUGGAAGAAUAACCGUCCGGCUUUGGAGACCAAUGGAGACAGGAUCCUUGAAGCAUUAAAGAAAGGCACAUCUAUAGCUGCAAACCCUGGAGAGAGCCCUCCAUUUGCACCAGAUGUAGCUAAGGGUUGCUUCAAGCAGUUGGCUCAUUCCUAUGAGGAGGAGUAUGGAGGCUUCAGAGAUGCUCCUAAGUUUCCCACACCAGUAAAUCUCAUGUUCCUCAUGACGUACUGGUCUGUGAAUUCAGCCACCACAGAGGGGGUUGAAGCUCUUCAGAUGGCAUUGCACACACUCCGCAUGAUGGCACUGGGAGGCAUCCAUGACCACAUAGCAAAGGGUUUUCAUCGAUACUCUACAGACUCCUUCUGGCAUGUUCCCCACUUUGAAAAGAUGUUGUACGACCAGUCUCAGCUGGCUGUAGCCUACAUAACUGCUUUCCAGGUAUCGGGUGAGCGGUUUUAUGCAGAUGUUGCUAAGGACAUACUGCUCUAUGUCUCCAGAGACCUGAGUGACAAGUCAGGGGGGUUUUACAGUGCUGAGGAUGCAGACUCUGUUCCGCCAUCGGGGGGACCAGAAAAGCGUGAGGGUGCUUUCUGUGUCUGGACGGCAUCUGAACUUCGGAGAUUGUUGCCAGAUGUAGUGGAAGGUGCUACAGGAUCAGCCACACAGGCAGACGUCUUCAUGCACCAUUAUGGCGUCAAGGAGCAGGGCAAUGUUGCUCAAGAGCAGGACCCCCACGGGGAGCUGCAGGGCCAGAAUGUGCUGAUUGUGCGUUAUUCCGUGGAGUUAACGGCUGCCCGUUUUGGACUUGAUGUCGAGAAAGUCAAUGAGCUCCUGGCCUCCGCCAGAGCCAAAAUGGCAGAAGUGAGAAAGAGUCGGCCAUGUCCACAUCUGGACACAAAGAUGUUGGCUUCUUGGAAUGGUUUGAUGCUGUCGGCCUACGCUCGUGUUGGAGCUGUGUUGGGGGACAAGGCUUUGCUGGAGAGGGCAGUACAGGCUGGAAACUUCCUAAAAGAGCACCUGUGGGAUGCCGAACAACAGACUAUUCUCCGAUCCUGUUACCGUGGAGACCAGAUGGAGGUGCAACAGAUAUCCCCCCCCAUCUCUGGCUUCCUGGACGACUAUGCCUUUGUCAUCUCUGGAUUGCUGGACCUGUAUGAGGCCACGCUGCAAACGGAGUGGUUGCAGUGGGCGGAGGAGCUGCAGCUCAGGCAGGAUGUGAUGUUCUGGGAUGACCAGGGCGGCGGCUACUUCUGCAGCAAUCCCAACGACAGCACUGUCCUGCUGCAGUUGAAAGAGGAUCAGGACGGUGCAGAGCCCAGUGCUAACUCGGUAUCAGCAUCCAACCUUCUUCGUCUGUCUCACUACACUGGAAGGCAGGAGUGGCUGCACAAAUCUCAGCAGCUGCUGGCAGCCUUCGCCGACCGCCUGACCAAAGUUCCCAUAGCGCUGCCUGAAAUGACCCGGGCUCUUCUGGCUCAGCACUACACACUUAGACAGAUUGUGAUCUGUGGCGAGAGGGAUGCCCCUGAAACAACAAGUCUUCUAUCAGUGGUCCACUCCAUCUUCCUGCCACAUAAGGUGUUGAUGCUCAUCGAUGGCGAUGCAGAGUGUUUCCUGUGCCAGCGUCUGCCCGUCCUGGCCUCCAUGUCCCAGAAGGGUGGUGCUGCCACAGCAUAUGUCUGCCAGGAUUUUACCUGCUCGCUUCCUGUGACUGACCCCCAGGAACUACGGAGGCUUCUGCUGGAUGUGAACAUGGAGAAGCCAACAGAAUAAUACCUGAAGAACUGACUGAACUUUGACUACAGGGACCUAAUCCUCAAAGUCUUUCCAUAGCAUGUUUGCUGUCUGGCAAGUCAGGCUUAUAUGCAAAUAUACUAUAGCAACUUGCUCAAAAAAAUUAAGGGAACUGGAUGUUGAUAAAACAAUUCCUAGAGGAUCUCCUCUCAGAACAUCAGUGAGCACCUGGACCGUCUGUGGUGGUACUGAAAUGACAUUGGAUAUGCACUAAUACAUAAAAUGUCCUUUACUGUAGUUACCUAAUUGUAGAUUUAGGUCAGGGAAAUAUGAGGGCAGGUCAGUGGCAUCAACCAGUAAUUGGGCCCUGCUGGCAGACCUGGCUAUGCUGGUGUUGCUGGUAAAUGCCACAUUGCUGAGUGGGAACAUGUCAGGGAAGAUCAGAGCCUCGUGCCACCGGAUAAGGUCUGUGUUUGACUAUUGGGACACUUAUACUGUAUGUACAGUAGUAGAUGUGCUCUGUAUUUAUCAAUUAUUUUAUUAGUGUUAAACUGGUAAGUAGUUCCUUUUGAGGUGAUUGGGGUUAGAUCUGUUACUUUAUAUUUUAGCCAGACCAGCAGAGUAUUACCUCAAAUAUCAACUCAAGCUUUUGCUUAGUAGCAUUAAUGUGAUGCAGGUGUAGAAAUGAACCUUUAGAGAAGGAUGCUCGGCAGCAGCAGCACUUGUGCAGCGAUAAACUACCUUCACCCCAGAACACUUGAACAAACAGGACCGACGCUAUUUUGCAGAUAACCCAGUCUGGCCUCGCCCCGUGUUCCCGCUCCCACGCUCAUGUCACAUGGAUCUGACAGUGGGGGAAACACGCCUUGGUUGUGUUUGAGUGCAGGAAAAAAAGGCUAUUUUGGAGCUCCUUAGGUGUGCCAUAACAUUACAUAACAGUAUCGUUUUAUUGUUCGUGUGUGUGAUUCGUCAUCACUGUGAGUGAACUGCUCUCCAACAACCCUCCGUUUACUCUCCGCUCUCAGCGUUGUUUAUUUGUGUCUUGUCCUGGCUUCAACGUGAGCGCUUUCGUCUCCACAGCUGCACAGCCUCUGGGUUUUAUCUUAAGGUCUGGACCAGCAAGUAUACGCACAACCUUGAAUAAUAAAGAAUAUUGCUCUCAUGA